GAAAGACUAAUCCGGGACACUCUUUAAAAUAACAUAAGUCGCUCCGAAAACAAAGAAAAGAAAAGACAAGUUGCUGAGUCGUCUUUCUCACUCCCAGGUAAAAGAAAAGAAAAACAACAACAACAUCAAUGGCUUCCCAAAAACAUUGCCCAAACCCCAAAGUUCUCAAGUAAAUCUGAGAAAGAAAAGAACAUCUCAUGAUCUGAAUAACAAAGAGCGAGAGACAGAGAGAGAGGCUUUAUCUCUUUUCCUCAAGUGAGAGCAAAAAUGGUGGACGUGAUACCAAAACAUAUCAAAGAUGCGUGGGACAGAUGGAACAUUAGAGGAACAAUCUUUCUAAGUCUUACCCUUCAAGCCUUUCUCAUUUGCUUCUCUCCAUUAAGGAAACGAACACCAAGAAGGCACUUGAUUAUCGUCAUUUGGUCCUCUUAUCUCUUAGCAGAUUGGUCUGCUAAUUUCGCUGUUGGUCUCAUCUCUAAGAACCAAGGUAAAGAUCUCAAACCUGAUGACCCUCCACAGGACAAAAAGCUCAUGGCUUUAUGGGCACCAUUCUUGCUCUUACAUCUUGGUGGACCAGACACUAUAACAGCUUUCGCGCUUGAAGAUAACGCUCUUUGGCUCCGAAAUGUUUUUGGGCUUGUCUUUCAGGCAAUUGCUGGUGUCUAUGUGGUUCUCCAGUCUCUGCCCAAUAGCCUUUGGGUAACAAUACUCUUAGUGUUCAUUUCUGGGACUAUAAAGUAUCUGGAAAGGACAACGGCUUUGUAUAGUGCAAGUUUGGACAAGUUUAGGGAUUCUAUGAUUCAAGGACCAGAUCCAGGACCAAAUUAUGCGAAGCUCAUGGAGGAGUACAAGGCCAAGAAAGAAGCAAAAUUACCCACCAAGAUCAUUCUGAUUGAUGAGCCUGACAAGGAACAUAGGCCUAAGAAGUUAGAGCAUCCAUCCCUGGCCUCGGAGACAAAAAGAAAAGAGUUGACUCAUCUUGAAAUUGCUCAGUACGCUUACAAAUUCUUCAACACAUUCAAGGGCCUUGUAGUCAACCUUAUCUUCAGCUUCAGGGAGCGUGACCAGAGCAUAGAGAUCUUUCAGAACUUGGAAGAUCCAGAGGAAGCUUUAAGAAUCAUUGAGAUUGAACUCGGCUUUCUCUACGAUGCUCUAUUCACCAAGAACGCGGUUCUUCAUACUGUUUUGGGAACUGUCUCACGAGUUGUUGCUUCGGGUUCCCUUGUGGCUGCAUUCAUCAUCUUUCAUAAGAUAUCUAACAAAGGCAGAGACUUUCAUGGAGCAGAUGUCGUGAUUACCUAUAUUCUGUUUGCAGUUGGCCUAGUUUUGGAUUUCAUAUCCAUCCUUUUGUUUCUGUUCUCAGACUGGACAUGUGCUGCACUUAGUAGCUUGAAGGACGAUCCGGAUGAGCCUCUAUCAUGGAAAGAUAGAUUUUUCAACUGUUUACUUGAAUUCAGAAAGCUGCGUUGGAAGAUGCAAGAGUGCCACAAUAAAGGUGAGCAUAAGUGUACAAAAGAAGGUGAGAAACCGUGCAUCAAGGAAGGUGAUGAUAAGUGUUCAAUGGUACACGUGCAUCACAUGCUCACGACGCCAUUCUUCUUCCGGAGGUGGUGUGGAAGCAUCAACGUAUUCAACUUUCUAGCAUAUGCCACAAAAAAAAGACAAAAGAGGAUCCACGAUGCCGGAGAUGAGUUCCGCUCCUUAUGGAUCAUCAUAGCUUUCCCGUUCAAAAUAAUCAAUCUCAUAAUCCAGAAAGUUUUUGGAUGUAUUGUCGAGGUGAUCAAUAAUGUGCACAGAUGGAUCCGCAGCAUAGUCAAUACGUUAUCAAGAAACCACCCUUGGGCUCGUUGUACUAUUUACCCUCUCUAUAUAUUGUUCCUAUUCCACAUCCCUAAUUUCAUCAAAUAUUUGUGGAAUGUUCUCAUUGAGUUCUUAGGCAUCCCGGAUGCGCUUGAUCUGGUCGAGAAGACGUUAUUUGUACACGGAGAGCCCAUGACAAAAGAAUUGUGGAAGUUCAUCUUCGAAGAGCUGAAAAACAAAUCAAAGUAUGGAGACAGUCCUGAAAAUGCCAAAAGGAUAUCUUUGGCUAGGGGAGAAUGGGCUUUAAGGGACAACCUACCAGAGGAUGCAGAACGUGAAAAACUGGUACGUUAUGUCACAAAGGUCGAUUAUGAUCAGAGUCUUUUGAUGUGGCACAUCGCAACCGAGUUCUGCUACCAAGAACAUAAGAAAGAGACUAUCCCAGAGGGUUAUGAUGAACAAUGCAAGCAAAAUCAUCUCAGACUACAUGAUGUAUCUCCUGAUCUUGCAACCCAGUCUGAUGUCCGAGGUUGCUGGAAUUGGGAAGAUCAGAUUCAGAGACACAUUGGCGGAAACUGACAAGUUUUUCGAGAGGAAACGAAUCUAUAAUGUGGGCGUGAAUUUAGCCACAGAGUAUAUACUGGAUGUCAAUAGUGAAAUUGAACCAGUGGACGUCAAGGGAGAUCGAAGCAAGUCAGUGUUGUUUGAUGCGAGCAGGCUAGCCAAAGACCUUACAAGGAUGGAGAAGACACACAACAAAGAUAAAUGGGAGAUACUGAGUAAAGUGUGGGUGGAGCUUCUCUGUUAUGCAGCUUGUCAUUGCGACUCUACGGCUCACGUGGAGCAACUCAGCAGAGGCGGUGAGCUUAUAAACUUUGUGUGGCUUCUAAUGGCUCACUUUGGACUAACAAAUCAGUUCCAAAUCAACAAAGGAGAUGCCAGAGCCAAACUCAUCAUAGGCAAGUGAGAGUGAGGAAGAACAACAUUCCCCGGUAUCUAAAUUCGUUCUGCUUUUGUAUUUCUUUCUACUUUCUUCUGCUCAGAACAAUGAACUCUUCUUUUCUGCAUAAAGAUGUGACAUUUGUAAGCUUUUUGUGAUGAAAAUUAUCCCAUUUAUCC